AUAGAAGCUAGGUUUUCAUCCCGUUUGCGCCUUCACUACACAAUCCUCCUGUCUACUGUCUUCUUCCCAAUCCAAUCAUUCCAUUUCACCAUGUCUGUUCUUAACCACAAUCACGUAACCCCACUCUCAUCCUCCUCAUCCGCCAUCUUCGCCAAAAACACCUUCACCGGCGUAAGGUCUCAGAUUGUAAGUGUAUCUUCCAAAAAGGCGGGGGUUUGUAAAUGUGUGGCUACUUCUCCGGCUGAACAGACUGCUUACAAGACUAAAGUAUCCCGCAAUGGGAACAUUGCUAAGCUUCAAGCUGGUUAUCUCUUUCCAGAGAUUGGAAGAAGGAAGGCUGCGCACAUGUUGAAAUAUCCCGAUGCACAAGUGAUAAGCCUUGGUAUUGGUGAUACCACCGAGCCCAUUCCAGAAGUCAUUACUUCUGCCAUGGCUAAGAGAGCACUUGGCUUAUCUACCAUUGAGGGUUACACUGGUUAUGGAGCUGAACAAGGUGAAAAGCAACUGAGAGCUCAACUUGCUUCUACGUUUUAUUCAAACCUUGGCAUAGAGGAAGAUGACAUAUUUGUAUCUGAUGGUGCAAAGUCUGACAUUUCCCGCCUUCAGGUCUUAUUCGGGUCUAAUGUUACAAUGGCGGUGCAAGAUCCAUCAUAUCCGGCUUAUGUGGAUUCAAGUGUGAUUAUCGGACAGACCGGGGAGUUCCAAAAGGAUAUCGAAAAAUUCGGCAAUAUUGAAUACAUGAAGUGCACACCAGAGAAUGAUUUCUUUCCUGAUUUAUCAAAAGUUUCUCGAACCGACAUCAUAUUUUUUUGCUCACCUAACAAUCCAACAGGCUCUGCUGCAUCCAGGGAGCAACUGACUAAAUUAGUGAAUUUUGCCAAGGACAACGGGUCCAUUAUAAUUUACGAUUCAGCGUAUGCCAUGUAUGUGUCAGGUGACACCCCUAAAUCUAUCUUUGAAAUCCCCGGAGCCAAAGAGGUUGCAAUUGAAACCGCAUCUUUCUCCAAGUACGCUGGAUUUACCGGAGUUCGUUUAGGUUGGACUGUCGUCCCGAAAGAACUUAAAUAUUCAGAUGGAUUUCCUGUGGCUAAGGAUUUCAACCGCAUUGUUUGUACCGGCUUCAAUGGCGCGUCAAACAUUGCCCAAGCUGGUGGUCUUGCAUGCCUUUCUCCUGAAGGUCUUCAGGCUAUGCAUGAAGUGGUUGGGUUCUACAAAGAGAACACAAAGAUUAUAGUGGAUACAUUUACUUCACUAGGUUUUACGGUAUACGGAGGAAUACACGCCCCAUAUGUGUGGGUCCACUUCCCGGGUCGAAGUUCAUGGGAUGUCUUCAGCGAGAUACUCGAGAAGACCCAUGUUGUGACCACACCUGGUAGUGGGUUCGGACCUGCGGGUGAAGGGUUCGUUAGGGUCAGCGCCUUUGGCCACAGGAACAACGUGUUGGAAGCCUGCAGGAGAUUCAAGGAGCUCUACAAGUGAGAAAAAUGAACCUUCGGAUUACCAUCCAUGUUUUGUAGGUUUAAACCUUUCAAUAAAUGUGGGGUCCGUUUUUAAAAUUAUUGGAACUUUAGAUUCGUCUAAAUGUUUGAUUUCUUUUGGAGUUUAAGAUUAUUGUGUUUCUACAGAUAUUUAGAUUGUUUUACGCCUGCCA